GGCGUAUUUGUAGGGAUAACGAUAACACGCUCGUCCACUGUGGGCAGAAAGACGCGGCUGCUGCUACAGAGAUACAGAGCUCACUGACUGACGGGAACCGGAGGGACUGCCUCGCCACUGUGAGGCGUAAAUGGACACAACAUUCCCUAAAAGAAAGACGGUGCCCGUAAAACGACCUGUGUCCCAAAUGCGUCCGGUAAAUUAAUUCGCGGAUUUGCUGUAUAUUAAACCCCCCGUUUUCCAUCCUGCACAACGGAAGUUUCUCUGACCGAUUUUUGGAGGAUCUUUCUUUUAUAGUCUGCAAACAUGGAAGAGGACAACCAAGUACCCGAGGACCUGUCUUUAGAGGAAAGAGAUGAGCUGUCGAACAUACGACGCAGGAAAAAAGAGCUUCUUGAUGAUAUUGAACGGCUGAAGUUUGAGAUUGCCGAGGUAAUGACCGAGAUUGAGCAGCUAACUUGCGUGGGGGAGAGUAAGACAACACAGAGAAAUAAACAGAUCGCCAUGGGGAGGAAGAAGUUCAACAUGGACCCUAAAAAGGGGAUCCAGUUUCUUCUGGAGAACGAUCUUCUACAGCACACCCCAGAGGACAUCUCUCAGUUCCUCUACAAAGGCGAGGGGCUCAACAAAACAGUCAUCGGGGACUACUUAGGGGAACGGGACGACUUUAACAUCAAGGUCCUCCAGGCGUUUGUGGAGCUUCAUGAGUUCGCAGACCUCAACCUCGUACAGGCCUUAAGGCAGUUUCUGUGGAGCUUCAGACUUCCUGGCGAAGCCCAGAAGAUUGAUCGUAUGAUGGAGGCGUUUGCCUCCAGGUACUGCCAAUGCAAUCCUGGCGUCUUCCAGUCCACAGACACCUGCUAUGUCUUAUCAUUUGCCAUCAUUAUGCUGAACACAAGCCUGCACAAUCCCAAUGUCAGAGACAAGCCCCCCGUUGAGCGCUUCAUCUCCAUGAACAGAGGGAUCAAUGAGGGGGGAGACCUCCCAGAGGAGCUACUCAGGAACCUAUACGACAGCAUCAAGAGCGAACCGUUUAAGAUCCCAGAGGAUGAUGGGAAUGACCUGACACACACGUUCUUCAACCCAGACAGAGAGGGCUGGCUGCUUAAAUUAGGGGGCCGAGUGAAAACCUGGAAGCGAAGGUGGUUCAUCCUGACUGACAACUGCCUCUACUACUUCGAAUACACAACCGACAAGGAGCCUCGUGGGAUUAUCCCACUGGAGAAUCUGAGCAUCAGGGAGGUGGAGGAGCCCAGGAAACCUAACUGUUUCGAGCUCUAUAACCCUAACCACAAGGGCCAGGUGAUCAAAGCCUGCAAGACGGAGGCAGAUGGGCGUGUCGUCGAGGGAAACCACGUGGUGUACAGGAUAUCAGCGCCCACGCCGGAAGAGAAAGAGGAGUGGAUUAAAUCCAUCAAGGCCAGCAUCAGCAAAGACCCCUUCUACGACAUGCUAGCCACCAGGAAGAGACGCAUCGCCAACAAAAAGUGAAGAGGGACAAUCUUCUCCACCUCCAGCUCCUCCAUCUUUCUCUCCCACACAUAAACUACACACAGAAGCUGAUUCACAAAAAGAAAGAGUCCAACUGGAAAGAAACUUCAGUUUUUUCCCCUGGACGGUAUGCAUUGCUGGGUAGACAUCCCACUACUGAGGGGACAGCAGAGCUUCAGGAAACUCAAAUGUGUGGACUCUUGCCUGGAGCAACACAUGAUCAACCAACAGCCAGUUUGUUUCUCCUCCAUCUCAAACACACCCCCUACCUCCCCCUCUCAUGGCCAUCACAUGUUCUAGGUCUCUCUAAAGCACAACUGCCAUGUUUCAGGUGCACAUGCAUGCAUGUGGAUUGUUAUAGGCAAAUAUGUUUGUGUGUGUGUGUGUGUGUGUGUGUGUGUAUGUGUGUGUGUGUGUGUGUGUGUGUGUGUGUGUGUGUGUGUAUGUGUAUUUGCAGCGGUGUGCAUGCUAUCAAUGCACACAGAAUCUACAUUAUGGGUGCAUUAGUGAUGCGUUACCUCCACUUUGCUUUAUGAGAAAGUCGUUGUAAUUCAAAAUCAGAGUUCAGAUGCAUGGUUAGCUACACAGGGGAAUGAAAUGUGAGUAUGAAUUGAGACGUUUUGAGGAUGAAGGUUGGAAAAAGGAGACAGAUGUUCACAUAUGGGAGGUGGUGGGUGGAUUAUUGCAGCAUAACCUCACCCGUACCAUGUCAUCUCAUUCUGGUGCUGAAUUCUUCUCUACCGGUGCCAUGGCUGAAGCCCUGCUGGGAGUAACCUCACAAAACAGCGGUGGCUUACAUUUAGGUUCCUCACACCGCAUUACAGUCUUGAGUCAGCUGGGCUGAUUUUUUAUUUUAUUUACGUGGAGCAGAGAAUUUUGAAAAGUGCAUACUUUUUUAUUUUAGUUAUGUACAAAAGGAGCUUUUGCCAAGGCUUGAGAUUAAACUUGCUCUUUGGACGUAAAUGUGUAAUCCUUAAGAUUUUAUUCCUGGUCCAUUUGAAAUCUCAACCAUCAUUAAUGUUCGUGACAUCAAGUGGGGUCUAAAACUGCAGUGAAGAGACAUUUAGAAGUCACUUUGUCACAAAAUUGUAUGUAAAGGCUGCAAGGGAGUCUCUUUCAGUACCAAUGAAAACUAACAUUCAGAGAGGUAUUUCCAGAAGGUAAAUGCUCAAAUUGGCUUUGCAUAGAUUGGCUAUUGCAGACUCAAUGCUGACCAGAAAAAAAGACCAAUAUGAAUUUAAGGAUUUGAACUUUUACAAGUCUACUGGGUAGGUUUUAUUUAUGGCUGUGCAAUGGCCCAGAAGGGUACCAGUCCGAUUAAGCUUUUCUUCCUCUCUUGUCUUUGGCCUGUCAGUGAAGGUCGAUGUAUUAUUGUGAUCCUGUUUGCAUUUGGUUUGUAAUCCUAUAAAAUCCUUGCUUGCUUUUGUGUUCCUCUUUAAAGGUAUAUAAAUAAUUAAGUUAUGUAUGUGUAUAAAUAGUGUAUAGGUUUUCUGGUCUCUUUGUUGUAGUAUGCACACUCUGUGUAACAUGUUCGAGCCUUCAGGCACAAGUUUGCAUCAGCUGAAGUUUGGGGUCUUCUUUAAAAAAAAAGCCUUAAACCGAAUCAUAAGAAAACAUAUGAGGAUGAGGAGGAUAAAACUGACAAUAUGGGUAAAUAACUGUGACGAUGCUCUUUAAAAAAGCCAUUACUGAUGAGUGAGGAAGAGGGUUGUAUUUAUGAUGAUGAUAAAGAUUAUACUGAAAAUGAUGUUUGAUGUUGAUGAUGAUGAUGAUGAUGAUAAUGAAGAUGAUGAUGAUGAUGUCAAAACUAUAAACAUCAUUAGUUUUCUAUGUGAUUGUAAAAUAAAAGGAAAGCCUUGUGGUCAGGGCAGAAUAUCUUCUACCGCCCUGUGGGGGCUUAUAAUUAACUUAUAUUAACUUUUAUAUUCUCUGUAAAAGCUAUCGGUCACGUUAUACAUUACGUGUAUCUAUAUAAAGUAUACGUAAAGCUUAAA